GUUCCUUCUGUGAGUUGCCCCGUCCACAAACGUCGUGUGGGAACUUGCUCAGUAAAACGCAAAUUAAUGCCCAAUGCAAGCAGACCAAGAGCAACGAACCAAGCCUUCCGGGCAAGAGGACGGCGAAACAGUGCACUUGGAACAUAGAAGAGAGCUUAGGAAGGCGAACCUGGAAGCUUAUGUUCAGCGUCCAGACCUUUCAACGAAGCCAAACCUUGAUGGCUCCAUCAAGAAGAAUACUUCCUUUGUUCGCAAACUGAAGACGCUCACCCACGAUCAAGUCGCCUCUCUAUCCAAGGAGCUUGUUUCUUUGAAACUAGAAAAAUAUGUGUCAGAGAUAGUGGCGGCCAUAUCGGAAGCAAAGUUCAAAACAUCUAGCGACAUAUGGGCAGCAGUGGAGAUAUGCUCGCUUCUUCAUCAACGAUUUGCGAAUUUCGGAGGGGAGCUUGUGCAGGCACUGUGUAAGCAGCUUGGUCCCCCGCCAUUGACUCAUGGCAUGAGUCCGGAGCAAAAGGAGAAGGAAGAAGUGGCCAGGAUCGGGAGGCAGAAAAGUAGCUUGAGAUUGUUGGCGGAUCUGUAUACCGUGGGCAUCAUCAGAGAUGGCAAAGGCUGCCCAUUCCCGCAAGUCCUGAAAGACAUGUUUCUUGCGGACAAAGAUCAGCAUGUCAAUUUGCCGAUCGCGGUUGUCUUCGCAAAGUACCAUGGCCAAAACAUUCUCGGUACAGAAGGCUCCCCAACCGGGCUCGAUGCAGUAUCUGAUGCUAACGGCACUGAAGAAGUGAAAGACAUUGCCGUGACCUGCCAGGAACCUUUAGUUCCGGCUGAAGUCCAAUCAGCAUGCCGAGAGGUCUUCAUCGAGUACUACAACAGUCUUGUUAGGCAUCUCGUACAUGAACAUAAGCGCGUCCGUAACAUCGAGAAAUCGAAUCACGAGCAUUACAUUGCGAGAGGCGAGAUUAACGAAGACCGACAGGAACGCUAUCAGAAGAACCUUCGCGCAUACGAGAAACUCCUCGGCGGGACAAAGGUUCUCUCAGAGACAUUGGGGCAGGCCAUGCCACCACUUCCGGAGGAUGAAAGCAUCACGCGAAUGGGCAUCGGCAUUACGGACAGCACAGGGGAAAAAGACGACCAGGAUACACUGAGCGGGCCCUGGGAAGAUGACGACUCGAAAGCAUUCUACGAGAACCUGAUUGAUCUGCGGAACCAUGUUCCCGCCAUAUUUUUGGGAGAAAAAAAGCCGGCGAUUCGGAGUGAGCCUUCUCUGAAUGAAGAAGCCCAAGACACAGCAGAUCCUAUCGGAAGCCCGGAUGAUGCACAUCAAAGCCAGGCAGACGAUGGUCAGACAGCGGAUAUCAGUUCCGAGGAUGAGGACGGCAAAGCCACAUCUCCGAUUUCGCCAGAGGAGGACGACGACGCGAAAGUAGAUGAAGAAGAAGCAGACCUUGAUGGCGACGAUGAGACGAAAGAAAAGGAUGCCAAACCUGUGUCCGGUGCUAGCAACGCAGCUUUGGAAUCUGUCAUCAAUCGUCUACCGACAGCUCUGAAUCGGGACACGAUCGAUCAGAUUGCUAUCGAUUUUGCAUUCCUCAACUCCAAGGGUGCCAGGAAGAAGCUGACCAGGGUCCUGUUGACCGUUCCGCGGCAACGCAUGGAGCUUUUACCGUACUAUUCUAGACUCAUCGCCACAGUGUCAGCGUACAUUCCGGAGAUUGGCGCUGCAGUCGUUGAGCAGUUGGAAAAAACGUUCCAUGGCCAACAGAAAAGAAAGGAGCAAGUCUUCAUCGAAGAGAAGACUAAAAUCAUUCGAUAUCUCGCCGAGUUGACCAAGUUUCGGGUCACACCACAGCAUGUCAUCUUCCACUGCAUCAAAGUGCUGCUGGACAACUUCAAACACCACAACAUCGAGCUCCUCUGUGUUCUAUUAGAGUCAUGUGGACGCUUUCUCUUCAAGUCACCGGAGACACACCUUCGAACGUCGAACUACUUGGACAUCUUGAUGCGCAAGAAAAACGUGGAGCAUGUUGAUAGUCGACAAACCUUCAUGAUCGAGAACGCUUAUUAUCAGUGCAAUCCUCCCGACAAGCCGGCAACAGAGGCCAAAGCUCGUCCACCGAUGGAGCUCUAUGUUCGCAAGCUGAUCUAUUCGGAUAUGUCGAAGAAAACCGUCGACAAAGUGCUGAAGCAAUUGCGAAAACUGAAUUGGGCUGAUCCGAUCAUCUCGAAGAUGCUCACCAACAUCUUCUGCAAGAUCUGGAAAGUCAAGUACUCGCAAUUGCAUAUGAUGGCAUACAUGGCGUCAGAGCUCUCACGAUACUAUCCGGAUUUCGGUGUGAGCAUCGUGGAUAGUACCUUGGAGGAAAUCCGGGUGGGACUGGAGCAAAACAUCUUCAAGCAUAAUCAGCGGCGCAUAUCAAUUGCGAAAUACUUGGGCGAGUUAUACAACUACCGAAUGAUCGACAGCGCUUUGGUCUUCCAGACCCUGUUCCACAUAGUGUCGUAUGGCCAUGAGAAUAACAUGCCACAGUACGGCGUAGGUAACGUUCUGGAUGCACCGCAUGAUUUCUUCCGGGUGCGCUUAAGUUGCAUCAUUCUGGAUGCCUGUGGUCAAUGCUUCGAUCGCGGAAUGUCUGCAAAGCGGUUGGAUUUAUUCUUGGUGUACUUGCAGAUGUACAUCCACACCAAGCUGGCGCUGCCGAUGGACAUCGAGUUCGUCAUUUCCGAGACAUAUGAACUCCUACGCCCAAAAAUGAGAAUCCCGCAGACAUACGAAGAAGCGGUUGCCGAAUACAGCAAAUUGGCGACAGAGCAAAUGCAAGCCAUAAAUAAUGGUGCGAACGGGGGUGCUGCGGGUGAUGAAUCCGACGACGACGAUGAAGAUGACGGCGGGAAGGAACAAGGGUCAACGCGUCGAGGCGGUCGGGACAGUGACGAAGAGCAGGAAGACGUUGAUAAGGCCGUGGAUGAUGUCGUUAUUGAAGAAAUUGGAGAAACUGAGGAGGAGGAGGCUUUCGGGAAUGAACAGAAUCUGGUAGAUCAGGAGUUUGAGCAGGAGUUUGAGCGCGAAUUCAGCAGAAUGAUGCAGGAAAGCAUGGAAACACGACGGCGCGAUGGCAAAUCGGCGUUCGAUGCGCCUGUGCCUGUGCGCAUGAAGACCGCGGCGAAUGCUUCUGAGAGCAAUGAGGCCAUUGGGGGAGAUCAAGUGGCUUUCACUCUUCUGACUAGGCGUGGGAAUAAACAACAGGCGAAGACAAUGGCACUGCCCGCGGACAGCUCGUUUGUGAUCAGCACCCGUAACAAACAAGAAGCGGAGCAAGAAGAAAAGCAACACUUGAAGCGCCUGGUUCUGAACUACGAGGAACGCGAGCGUGAAGCUGCUCGUAAAGCGCGUCCCCCGCAGCUGCGAUGUUGGAAGAAAGCGCCGUGUGGAACGGGUCAAGGCCAACAGUCAUCCUUAGUACCAGCUCGCACACCGGAGGCAUAUACGGUCGGGGCGGUGUCAGAGGCCGCGGCUACCAAGCCGCUCGUGCAACCCGACCAGCUCGAACAACCGGCCCAGCUCGAACAAUUGGCCCAGCUCGAACAACAGGACCAACUCGAACAACAGGGGAUGGUCGUGGACGGGGCCCAGACGCCGGCGCGUCCGGAACAAGCAGCAGAUUUGCCAAAUGACCAGAUGUGA